AGCGCGCAGGGCGGCGCGUGGCAGCGCGGGGAGAUCCCCGCGUUUAUAAGCGCAGGAGUUUCUCAGUGCGUCACAGCGAGCCGCGCAGCCAGGAUCCCCCGGCCCGGUCCCGCUGCGCCCGGCGUAGAGAGCCAGGAAUCGACCGCCUGUUUUCUGCCAGCAGAGUUUUCCUGGUUUUGGACUUUGUUCUGGUUCGGAGCAGAAGUCGUGGUUCUGAUCCGGUUCGGAGGACCCGCAGCAGCUGGAGCAGCUGUAUGGAGGAUCUGAACUUUUACCACAGAGGAGAUGAAAUCUGCAGAGGAAGAUGCCUUCGGCUUCUCGCCCAGCGUCAGCCUCUCCCUCCCUCUGGCCUCCCAGUUUCUCCAGUCCAGCCCCACCAUUUCCGUGUCCGUGGCAGAGCCUGAGACCUUUGACCCCCAUGACAACCCGCAGUCGGCCGGGUUCUACUCGGCGGUGUGCCCGGACGGCGGCGCGGCCCUGGAGGGCCCCCGCAUCGAGAUCACGGCCUACGGCCAGUUGCCCGAGGACGAGCCGCAGCAGGGCGGCAUCCCGACCGCCCAGCGGGUCGCCUCCAUCGUGACGCUGCCGCUACCCGGUGCCGACCUCUACCGCGACCCCAGCUGCCUGAGCCCAGCCAGCAGCGUGUCGUCCCGAAGCGGGCUCUCCGACGCCUCUUUCGAGUCUGGCUUCUCCUACAACUAUGACAACUCGCCGCAGAACUCGCCCUGGCAGUCCCCCUCCGUGUCCCCAAAGGGCUCCACCCUGGCCCUGCCAGAGGACGGCGCCGCCACCUCCCCCCGCAUCGAUGCGACGGACGACGGCUGGACAGCGCCACGGGGGUCCAGGCCCGGCUCGCCCUGCGGAGCCAAGAGGAAGUACAGCUUGAACGGCUUCCCGUCGCCGCGCUCCUCGCCCCGCUCCUCGCCCCGCUCCUCGCCCCACCUUAGCCUGAUGGAGGACAGCUGGCUGCCUAACACCAACCAGUACACCAACUCCGCCAUCUUGGCCGCCAUCAACGCCCUCUCCACCGAUGGCAUGGCCGACCUCGGCGACGGCGUCCCCAUAAAGGCCCGGAGAACCAGCCUGGAGCUCAGCCCCACCAUCAGCCUGAAGCAGGAGCCCAAGGGGGCGGAGCCGCACCAGGACGAACCCCCGGCCAGCCGCACGGCCCUGAAGAAGGAAGGCUACUUCCUGGACGUUCCUCAGAACCUGUUCAGCUGGACGAAGCCCAAGCAGUUCCUCAGCCCGUCUCUGCCGGCGCUGGACUGGCAGCUGCCCAGCAGCUCCGGCGCCUACAGCCUGCAGAUCCACGUCCAGCCCAAGUCGCACCACAGGGCGCAUUACGAGACGGAGGGCAGCCGCGGCGCGGUGAAGGCGCUGGCAGGCGGACACCCGGUGGUCCAGCUCCACGGCUACAUGGAGAGCGAACCUCUGACCCUGCAGCUCUUCAUCGGCACGGCGGACGACCGGCUGCUGAGGCCCCACGCCUUCUACCAGGUCCACCGCAUCACGGGAAAGACGGUGUCCACGCCGAGCCACGAGGUCCUGCACAACAACACCAAGGUGCUGGAGAUCCCGCUGCUGCCGGAGAAUGACAUGCGCGCCAUAAUCGACUGCGCGGGAAUCCUGAAACUCCGUAACUCCGACAUCGAGCUGAGGAAGGGCGAGACAGACAUCGGCCGGAAGAACACACGUGUUCGGAUGGUGUUCCGGGUUCACGUCACCCAGCCGGGCGGCAGGACCGUUUCUCUGCAGGUCGCAUCCAACCCCAUUGAGUGCUCCCAGAGGUCGGCGCAGGAGCUGCCGCUGGUGGACAAGCAGAGCCUGGAGACGAGCCCGGCCCCCGGGGGGGGAACCAUGGUGCUGGACGGACACAACUUCCAGCAUGACUCCAAGGUGCUGUUUGUGGAAAAGGCUCAAGACGGCCACCAUGUCUGGGAGAGCGAGGCCACGGUGGAGAGAGACGCGCUGAGGCCGAACUCACUGCUGGUUGAAAUCCCGCCGUACCGGACGCAGCGCCUCUGCGCCCCCGUUCACGUCAACUUCUACGUCUGCAACGGCAAGAGGAAGCGAAGUCAGCUGCAGCGCUUCUCCUACGUUCCCACCAACGUUCCGACGAUAAAGACAGAGCCGCAUGACGACUACAGCGCCGCCCUGCUGUGCAGUCAGCAUGCGUCGCUGCACCCAAAGCCGUGUUAUGGCCCCCAGGUCGCCACCCCGGUGACCUCCGACCUCAGGCCGUGCGUUGUGGGCGGGGCCUACGGCCGCUCGCCCGCCUCCAGCCCCAAACUCCAGGAUCUGUCUCCGUUCUCCAGGCCCCCCCCCCACGCCUCCAUCAUCCAGGAAGCCCCCCGCCGCCCCCCCUCGCCUGCAGACUCCCCGACCCCGUUCCCCCAGAGCCCGGCCCAGCCUGCGGGCCCCCCGGAGGCCCCUGAACCUGCAGGGCGGGUCAGCAUCAAGGAAGAGCCGCAGGAGCUGGACCAGAUGUACCUGGAUGAUGUCAACGAGGUAAUCAGGAAUGACCUGAGCAGCGACUCCGCCCUCAGCCACAGCCACGCCUAGGCCCCGCCCUCACUCACGCCUAGGCCCCGCCCUCACUCAUGACUAGGCCACGCCCACCGCCACGCCUAAGCCCCGCCCUCAGCCACAUAAACACUAGAAGGUUUAGGGUUUCUCAUCCCGCCCAUGAUCCCCCCCCCUGCAGCCUGCAGGAGGAAAUGCGACCAGAAUGACUGUGACGGUUCUCCAGGGCCCAAAUGUGCCUUCAGGUUUGGAUCUUCCAUGUUUUCUGGUUGUUUUUUCCCAAAUCCACUCCGUGAGCGACUGGUCCUCACAGCAGAGGAUUCUUUCUGAAGCGGUUUUCGCCGCAGCGCUGCGAAAAGUGCCUUUAAACUGGAAACCAGGAGAAACAAACUGAACAGUUCCUGUUUGGAUCAAUGGAACCUCAGUUCUUCUGAACAUCGGUUCACUUAGAGCUUCUUUGGUUCCUGCUGCCGCCAUGUUUGUUUCGUCUGCUGGGAACUAAAAAAUGAAA